UUUCUCAUUGUUUACGUACUACAUAAGUACGUACAUACAUACAUCUGUGAUACUGUUUUUUGAAAAUAAAGGGCCAAUGGAUAAAGAAAAAAGAGGAGCUAAUUUUACGAAAACUGAAAUCGAUCUUUUGAUUGACGUUAUUCUAAAAUAUAAGCAUAUUGUAGAAAACAAAAAAACUGACGCAACCACGUGGAAAGAUAAGAAUGCGGCCUGGGAAAAAAUUAGUGAGGAAUUUAACGCGGUUUCGGGAAAUUUUCCUCGCUCCACUAAAAGAAUUCGUGCAAAAUAUGACACCGUUAAAAAAGGAAUUCGACAAAAAUGCUCAUUCCUUAAAACCGAACAGACGAAAACUGGUGGUGGUCAGUGCCCAGUGACUUUGACUCCUAGCGAGGAGAAAAUUUUAUCAUUGACACCGAACACCAUGGUGGGUCUCCAAUCGAGAUUUGACAAAGACAAUGCAGAGCCAGGUCAAAGUAGUUUAAGACAGUGGAUGUCGCAAGAGGAUGAAGGAGAUGAGCUAGGAGCGACUGUGACGGACGAAAAUAUUAUUGAGGUGAUAGACGGCAAAAAUGAUGAUCUUCUAGAGUACUUGAGCACAAUUGGAAAUUCAAAAAUACCCCAAGCAGCGUCAGAAAAAGCAGAGCAAUCAACAAAUCCGAACAAGAAAGGUUCCAAGAGAAAAAUUAGUGUUGCGGAUUUGGAUAAAGAUGAUACACCGACUAUAGGAACUGACAGCAAGUUUAUCUUUAAAAAUAAACGUUUGAGGAAAAAUGCAUAUCAAGAUCAGAAACUGCAAGGUAACUUGCAGUUGAAAAAAGAAAUAUUGGAAUUGCAAAAAGAAAUGAUAAUUCAAGAGAUACACGCUAAGUCAGAAAUCAAUAAACUGACAAUCGAAAAUUUAAAGAUCACACAGCGACUACUACAACAGAAACUUGAAGCAAAUUUCGUUGAUGAUGAUAAUUAUUAAUGGAUAUUUGUUGCGAAUUCCGUUGCAUCAGCAGGAGAACCCAUUAUCGAGUCUCAGUUGUGUAAUCUAUAAAACAAAAUAUAAGUUUGUCUAACGUGCCAAAGAAGUUAUAAGACAUUACGUACAAAAUAGUAAUAAGACUUUAUGUUCCAAAAAUUUAUAAAAUAUAAUUUGUUUAAUAAAAGAUGAAUAUUUUAUACUUUGAACAAGUCUGCAAUGAA